GACCCCUCUAGAAAGAGAAAGAGGCAGUCAGAGCACAAUUAUGUCGGUGACAAUCAAAGAGAUUGAAGACUUGGAGGCAUUCGUGCGUGAGUUCAAGAGGUCCGAGAACACCACCCUCAGCUUGCGGAACAGCCUGAAUGAUAACUUGGAGAAUCGAUUGGUGGAGUCAUAUAAGAGGGAGGAAGAGAAAGACAAACAGAUCGACACACUCAGAGCACAACGCGAUCUGCACAAAACCCGAGCUGGAAAGGCCACAUCCGCCCUGCUUAGGGCUCAAGCAGAAACAGAGACCCUCGCGACCGAGAAGAUAGAGAUGGAGAACGAGAUAAGCCUUCUCAGAGGCGAGAAAGAAACUUUGAAGAGCGAGGUCGAGGAAUCCAGAGGAGCCGAAGAGCUGCGGCAGGAAAACGAGGCCUUGAAAGCUGACAAGGAGAGCCUGACGACGGAAAAAGACGGAUUGAAGACUCGGAUCGACAGUCUGGAAAAGGAAGUCAAUGACUCUAGGGCUAAGUUCCAGCAGUACAAGAGGAGGGUUAUAGAAGUCAGCAGUACAGACCUCUAA